AAGGGCCGGCGGCACGGAGCCGAGACGGCGGCCCCCGGGGCGAGAAGGAGCGCGCCGGGACCCCGCUCGGUGGCCGGGCCCGGGCCGGAGUCCGGGCUGACCGACAGCAGCUCGGAGGUGUCGGACUGCAGCGCCUCGGAGGAGGCGAAGCUGCUGUCGCUGGAGCUGGGGCUGAGCGGCAGCGAUGGCGAGUCCCCGGGCAGCGCCCCGCCGCCGCCGCCCUCGGCCGGAGAGGCGUCGCCGCUGCCCGAGGAGCCCUCGGCCGCCUCCAUGGCCAGCAGCCGCCUGCAGCUCAGCACCUCGCUCGCCUUCUCCGACCUCACCGAGGAGCUGCUGGACGCCGGCACCGACGGGCUGCUCCGCGAGCUGGAGGACUUGCGCUCCGAGAACGACUAUCUCAAGGAUGAGAUCGAGGAGCUGCGCGCCGAGAUGCUGGAGAUGCGGGAUGUCUACAUGGAGGAGGACGUGUACCAGCUGCAGGAGCUGCGGCAGCAGCUGGACCAGGCCAGCAAGACGUGCCGCAUCCUGCAGUACCGGCUGCGCAAGGCCGAGCGCCGCAGCCUGCGCGUGGCUCAGACCGGCCAGGUGGACGGCGAGCUCAUCCACAGCCUCGAGCAGGACGUCAAGGUGGCCAAGGACGUCUCUGUGCGUCUCCACAAUGAGCUGGAGGUGGUGGAGAAGAAGAGGAUCCGGCUGGAGGAGGAGAACGAGGAGCUGCGCCAGCGGCUCAUCGAGACCGAGCUGGCCAAGCAGGUGGUGCAGAACGAGAUGGACAAGCUCCGAGAGAACUCCCUGAAGAAGAGGGGGUCUCGCUCCUUGGGCAAGACUGAGAAGAAGCCAUCAGUGCAGGAGGACAGCGCAGACCUGAAGUGCCAGCUGCAUUUUGCCAAGGAGGAGUCAGCCCUGAUGUGCAAGAAGCUGACCAAGCUGGCCAAGGAGAACGACGGCAUGAAGGAGGAGCUGCUGAAGUACAGGUCCCUGUACGGGGACCUCGACAGCUCCCUCUCCGUGGAGGAGCUGGCUGACUCUCCCCAUUCCCGGGAGGCCGAGCUGAAGGUCCACCUCAAGCUGGUGGAGGAGGAAGCCAACAUCCUCAGCCGGAGGAUAGUGGAGCUGGAGGUGGAAAACCGCGGGCUGCGGGCGGAGAUGGACGACAUGAAGGGCCAGGGGGACAGGGAGCUGCCGGGGCAGGACACGCGGUUCCUGGUGGGCGUCUCCAGCUGCGGGGACGCGGGGGACACGGUGGCCGAGCUGCGCCGGCACCUGCAGUUCGUGGAGGAGGAGGCUGAGCUGCUGAGGCGCUCGCUGCUGGAGCUGGAGGACCAGAACAAGCUGCUCCUGAACGAGCUGACCAAGUACAAGUCGGACCACGAGCUGGAUGUGACGCUGUCGGAGGACAGCUGCUCGGUGGUCAGCGAGCCCUCGCAGGAGGAGCUGGCCACGGCCAAGGUGCAGAUCAGCGAGCUCAGCGGCAAGGUGAAGAAGCUGCAGUACGAGAACAGGGUGCUGCUCUCCAACCUCCAGCGCUGCGACCUGGCCUCCUGCCAGACCACCCGGCCCAUGCUGGAGACCGACGCCGAGGCCGGCGACUCGGCACAGUGCGUCCCCACCGCCGGCUGGAGGGACGGCGUGGGCGGCAGCGAGGCCGACGGGCAGGACAGGGGGCUGGGCAGUGGGAAGGCGCCCGAUGGCCCUGCCAAACUGCUCAAGCCCAAGGACCUGGAGACCUUGCUGGGCAUCCGGGACCAGGCAACGCUGGUCAGUAAAGCGAUUGAUGUCUUGAUUUCGGAUGCCAACGGGUUCACCUCGGGGCUGAAGGCUUGCCUGGACAACGAGUGUGUGGGGGUGCUGCUGGGCGAGGCAGUGGGCAGCGGUGGUGACAGCCCCAGUGAUGCCAAGCUGAUGAACGUGCUGCUGAUGCGGCUGGGCGUGCUGCAGCAGGACCUGGGCUGCUUCGUGAGGAAGGUGGACCACCUCACCGGUGGCUUCAAGGAGCACACGGACUCGUUCCCCUUCUCCAGCCCCAGCAGCCACGAUGUCACCAAAGAGCAUGCCUCUGACUUCCAGCAGCCUGAUUUUAGGGACGCCGACCCUUUCCGCAUGCCCCACUCCAAGGACACGGACCCCGCCCAUCCCAGGAGCUACAAACCCUGCCGGGCUGAGGACAACGACUCCUACGCCACCGAGAUGAAGGAGCUGCAGCUGGUGCUGUCAGAGGCCAACGAGAGCCUGCGGGGGCUGCAGGAGCAGCUCUCACAGGAGAGGCAGCUGAGGAAGGAUGAGGUGGACAACUUCUCACAGAAGAUCAGCCAGCUGAAGGAGGACCACCAGAAAGCACUGCUGCGGCGGGAGUUUGAGCUGCAGAGCCUGAACCUGCAGAGGCGGCUGGAGCAGAAGUUCUGGAGCCAGGAAAAGAACCUGCUGGUGCAGGAGUCACAGCAGUUCAGGCAGAGCUUCCUCCUGCUCUUCAUGAAGCUCAAGUGGUUCCUCAAGCGCUGGCGCCAGGGCAAGAUGGUGCACAGUGAGGGCGAGGACUUUUUGGAGGUGAACAGCAUGAAGGAGCUGUACCUGCUGCUGGAAGAGGAGGAGCUAGCCCCACAGCAACAGGCAGACAACAAGAUGUGUGCUGGGGACACCUGGACCCCCAACACGCCCAACGAGUGCAUCAAGACUCUGGCAGACAUGAAGGUGACCCUGAAGGAGCUGUGCACGGAGCUGCGGGAGGAGCGGCGCGGUGCCAGCGAGCUGCAGCAGCAGUUCACCAAGGCCAAGGCUGCCUGGGAGAUGGAGCGCGCUGAGCUCAAGUGCCACAUCGCCCAGCUGGAGUCAAAGGCAGGCAAAGGGAUCGCAGAGCGUGCGCUGCCAGACUGGAAGGUGGCACUGAAGAGGGAGCGUGAGGAGCACCAGCAUCUCCUGGCCGAGUCCUACAGCGCUGUCAUGGACCUCACCAAGCAGCUGCAGAUCAGCGAGAAGAACUGGAACCAGGAGAAGGUGGAGCUGCUGGCUCGCUUCAAGGAGGAGCAGCAGCAGGCAGAGCAGCAAGCGAAGGACCUGCAGAACAAACUCAACCAGUUGCAGAAAGGAUCCAAUCCAUGGGCAUUGAAGCACUCUGAAAUGGAGAAGCACGGCAGCAACUGGAAAGAGGCCCUCAAUGAGAAAAUCACAGACAAGGAGACAAUCUCUGAAGCAGAAGCCAAGGGAACCAACCUCAAAAGGACCAAGUCUGUUUCCUCCAUGUCAGAGUUUGAAAGCUUGCUCGACUGUUCUCCCUACCUCUCUGGAAAGACCAUGCCAGGGCUGGGUGACCACGCCCGGUGCAAAAAGGCAUCCUCAACCACCCAGAUGCUGCCCAACGGGAUCCGGGACAGCGCCAGCCUCCCUCCCUCAAAAUGUACAUAUGUGAAUAUCGAGCAACCUGCCCCUGACAGCCUGGCCAAGGAGAAGCUGGGCAUCUCCUCCUGGGACUACUCACGGGCAAGCAGCCUGUCCGGACACGACCCAGCUCAGAAGCAAAUCCAGAGGAGCUACACGGCACCCGACAAGACAGGGAUCCGCAUCUACUACAGCCCGCCGGUGGUGCGGCGGCUGGAGGCGCCUCUGGUGCACAACAAGGAGGGCAAGAUCAUGAUCGAGCCCGGAUUCUUGUUCACCAUGGCCAAGCCGAAGGAGCCGGAGGAGUCGGCCAGCGCCGAGGGCACCUACAGCCAGUGGCUGUGCAACUUCUCCAAGCAGCAGCAGGAGCUGCUGGACGGCGGCGCGGGGGAGAGCGCGGUGCCGCCCGUGCCGCGCUUCCCCCCCUCGCUGCACGACCUGGAGAUCUCCGGCAACAUGAGCGACGACAUGAAGGAGAUCACCAACUGCGUGCGCCAGGCCAUCCGCUCCAGCUCGCUCGAGAGGAAGGUGAAAAGCACCUCCAGCCAGACAGUGGGGCUGGCCCACGUGGGCACACAGACCAUCCAGACGGUGAGCGUGGGCCUCCAGACCGACCUGCCCCGUGGCGCCGGCAUGCAUGGCAAGAGCUGGUCCCCGCGCAGCUCCUCCCUCGUGUCCGUGCGCAGCAAGCAGAUCUCCUCCUCCCUGGAUAAGGUCCACUCCAGGAUCGAGCGGCCAUGCUGCUCCCCGAAAUACGGCUCUCCAAAGCUCCAGAGGAGGUCUUCCUCCAAGCUGGACGCCUCCAAGGACAGGAGCCUGUGGAACUUGCACCAGAGCAAGCAGAACGGCUCUGCCUGGGCCCGCUCCACCACCACCCGCGACAGCCCCGUCCUCAGCAACAUCAACGAUGGCCUGUCCAGCCUGUUCAGCGUGGUGGAGCACGCGGGCAGCACCGAGUCCAUCUGGAAGCCGGGCUGCCCUGAGAGCAGCCGGGCCAAGCCCGAAGCACCCAAGUAUGGCCUCGUGCAGGAGUUCUUCAGGAAUGUCUGCGGGCGGGCACAGAGCCCCACUGCCCCCCAGGAGAAGAAGGAGGCCGCUGGGGAGGAGAGCAAGAGAGCCGAGCACCCCAGCCCCGCCACCCACCACGAAAACAUCUCCCGUGUCUUGAACAAGAAGGUCCUCAAGCAGGGCAGCUGCGAGGACUCCAAGCCCUCGUCCCCUGGCCAGGGCAGUAAGGACGCAGCCCUGCGGGACCCCGACCUCAUCUCGGCUAUAGCCAGCGAGGACACGGCGUGUGACUGCAGCUCCCAGUCCCUCACCUCCUGCUUUGCCCGGCCAUCCCGCUCCGCGGUCCGCCACUCCCCCUCCAAGUGCAAACUGCACCCCGCGGACCCCCCCAGGGCGGAGGAGAAGCCGGGGGUCUCGACCUGCAAUGUAAAACCAAGUGCAUUUUAAAAAUACCGAAAUGAGCUACUUUGGAGAGGCACCAAUUGGAUUAAGAGAUUGUGGUUUGGGAGGCUGCAGCGUGGCCCGUGGUCUGCGCCAUGCAUCCCUCUGUCACCACCAGAAAAAGCCUUACCCAGGGAGGGAGGGGGCAGCAGCCACAGCCCCCCCAGCACUGCAGAGCUCCUGGGGCUGGGGAAUUGUGACCCAGUCCCACACAGAGCAGCCUUGGUGCCCCUGUGCAGCUCCAGGAGAGAACAGAGAUUUCUGAGGCAGCUGCCUGACCUAUUUUCCAGCCGCCUGCCAGGGGCCAGGCAGGGAUUCACCCAGAUGGAGCUGGGUGGAGGGAUUCACCCAGAUGGAGCUGCAGGUGCCUGGGGCUCAGUGCAUUGCUGUGGGGCUGUGUGCCUUGUUCUGGGGGCUCUGUGCAGGGCUCCAAGAGCUCUGCAUUGCUCCAGGGGCUCCAUCCACUGCUCUGAGGGCUCUGCAUUGCCCUGGGGCUCCGUACGCUGUUCCAAGGGCUCUGUGCAUUGCUCCAGGAGCUCUGUACACCACUCCAAGGCCUCUGUGCAUCGCUCUGGAGCUCUGUACACCGCUUCCAGGGCCUCUGCACAUUGUCAUCUCGCAGUUUCUCUUAAGAACUGCUGGUGCUGCCGAGGCUGCUGCCCUCUCCUGUCCGGCCGCUCGCUGCCCGCAGCAGCUGCUGCAUCACUGCCACGUCGCAGCCUCCGUCAGCAUCUCCACGCCAGCCGCUCACUGCCUGUGUCCCCGGACACACCAGCAUCAGCCAGGGCCCAGCAGGCCUGGUACCGAUGGCCUUUUGCUCCUGAGGCACCCGGCCAGCCCCCAGGGGACCCUCCUCACCCGGCUGGGGGACUCAGGGCAGGUGCUGCCCGCCCUCACCAGCAGCCAGGGCCGGGCUGUGUCCCUGCCUGCCACGGAGGAGUUGGGUCCAGCACUGCCACGGGCAAUCUCCUGCUGUACAUAGAUAUUUUCGGGGUGGUUUUUAGUAUUUUCAUGGAUAAUCGGGGUUUUGGUUUGGUUUGGUUUUUUUAAAAGACUCUCUACUUUUUGGAAUGUGGUUUCUCAUUUUUAAAACUGCCUUUUAAUUAUUUGUAAUAUUGGUCAGUUCUGUCUUACUCUGUAAAUAGCGGUGCUGGGCAUUUCCCAGUGGGGCUGAGAUGAGGCCGGCAAGGAAUUUGUGGGGAAAAUUUCCUUAAGGUGUGGAGGUGGCUGAUUCUACUCCAGCCCCUCCAUGGAUUCUGCCCCUGUCCACAUGCCAGUGCCCAGCCUGGGGUGAAACCUGAGGUGUUUUGGGUAAAGUUUGCCCCUGCCCCGUCCUCCUGCUUCCUCUCACGAGCCCAUGCCAAGGUCGCAUGAAGGGCACCUCCUGCCCCGAUGACAGGCUCUGUGCCCACCCCAUCCUGCACCCCUGUGUCAUGCCUGCUUGUUGUGUGAUGAAUAAAGGCCCUGCAACCCCUCACCCCCACCCUUGGUGCUGCCUUCCCGUGCUGUGGUGUGGGGGCCGUGCUGCCUGUCCUGUCUGGGGCAGUGCUGCUGCAGAGGGAGGUGUGGGGUGAUGUGAUCCUGUGCCCCUGUUCCUGCCAUCCUGCCUGCUGCCCAGCCCACACAUGGUGUCCCAUGCUGUCCUUACCCCCCCGUCUGUCCCUGACACCAUCCCCAUGUGCUGACCCCAGCUGUGCCACACCACCAGGGCUCCUUGUCAUCUCCCGUGGGUCCUCACUGCCACUGUCACCCCACAGCAGGCUGCCCCCAGCUCUGCAUUGUCCCUGUGAUGCUGGUGUUUCUCACAGCUGCCGUGUGCCAUGCCAGCCUGCCCAGCAGCUCACCCCAGCCUGCACACACCCCCACACCCCCUUCCUCUGCUACCCACGGCUCCCUGCCCUUGUGCCCCACGGUUGGACUCGAUGAUCUCAGAGAUUGUUUCCAACCUUAGUGAUUCUGUGAUUCCCUGAUCACCUGCUGGUCCCAGCCUCAGCUUCACUCCAUUAAACUGUCCCACCCUGAGGUCCUCCAUCACCCACGAAAACCCACCCUCCUUUUGCUCUUCCGUCAUCGUUCAUGUCCCAUCCAUUUCAUCCCUGCUCUUGUUCCAUCCCUAUUUAUUGUGCUCUUUCAUCAAUCCUAACCCAACCCAGCCCUCUUUCCUCCUUCCUGGGCUACUCUAUCCCAUUCCUCCUUCCAUCACCCACCAUACCCCAUCCCUCCUGUGCAUCUUCUACGUCCCAGCCCUUUUUCCACUGCGCCUCUGUUGUUCACCCAUCCCUCCUUCCUUGCAGUCAUCUACUGUGUCCCAUCCUUCCCUGCCACCCCCCUCCAUCACCCACCAGGUCCCAUCCUUCUUUUCUGUGCCCCUCCAUCAGCCACCAUGUCAUGUCCCUCCUUCCUGUCCUGCACCCUCCUUCGUGUCCUGUCCUUUCUUGUGCUCUACUGUCACUCACCACCUCCAAUCCUUCCCUGUUCUCUCCACAUCCCCUCCCUCCUUCCACACUUCUUCCAGUGUGCUGUCAUCAGCUGUGUCCCAUCCCUCCCUGCCAUGCUGUGCUCCUCCAUUACCCACCAUGUCCCUCCCACCCUCUUGUGCUCCUGCAUCCUACACUGCAUCCUGUCCCUCCUUGUUCUCCUGUCACCCACCACUCCCACCCCUCCUUCCUGUGCUCCUCCACUGCCUUCCAUAUCCCACCCUCCAGCCUUCCUGCCACACUUUCAUCCCAUCCCUCUGACCUGCUCCUUCAUUCACCACAUCCUGUUCCUUACCUUCAUUCACCACCACCACCUUUUUGUUUUUCCUUCUUCACCUUCACCCUGCCCCAUCAAUCCUUUCCUUGCUUUGCCUCCAGCUUUUCCUUUCAUAUUCAUGUCAACAUUUCAGUCUUCUUCAGCUCCCCCCACCACUGUCCUCUACAUCUUACCAUCAGUUUAUCCCUGCUUAUUCUCCAUUAGCUCCUACCUUCACCCCAACCUCCUCCACUCAUCUUCUCCACAUCUUUCUUCAUCCUCUUCUCUCUUCCUAUCUCCUCUUCCAACUUCACUUCCCCAUGCCAAAAUCCACCCUCACCUCCCACCAUUUCACCAUCCUUUCAACUGCUAAUGUCACCCAGUCUUACCUUCUCCACCUCCACAUUUCCAAUCCCUUCUUUGUGCUUACCCAUUUCCCAUCUUCUCAUUCAUCCUCCUCCAUUGCCCUCCAGUCUUUGUCUUCUUGUCCCCUUAGUGUCUCUCUGUUUCUCCUGUCAUCCAUGUCCAUCUCCCAGUGUUUCUUCAUCCCUCCUAUUCUUUUCCAUCUCCCCUCUAUCUUUUCCUCCAUCACCUGCCAUCUAAUCUCUCCUUGUUAUCCUCUUUAAUUUUGUCCACCUUCUUCAUCCUCCACUUCCCACUGUCCUUCAUCCUUCCUCAUGCCCCACACCACCAUUUGCCUGUCCUUCCUCGCCCUCCACUUUCUACCAUCUGCCCAGUCUCCUCAUCCUCCCCAACCUCACUUUUCGUAUUCAUUGUCCUUUCCACCAUCAUCCAUCUCCUUCACCCUCCAUCUCACACUUUUCCUCCACCUCAGUCCUUCCUGUGACCCUUUGCUUCCCAUUGUUCCCCAUAUUUUUUCCUGUGGUUUCACCUCUUCCCUGUCCCUCUCCCACUCGACAUCUGGCGAU